AACAAUAUCUUAUUUUCAUCCCGUCCAAUGCCAAGCUCCCAAUGUCUUCUCACAUCUACUCCGGCGAGCUUCUUGACGGCUGACUCCAAUCUUCUGCCUUCAAGCGUACUGCCGUUGAGAACAUUAGACUCUUGGGCUCUCCGGUCGACGACGGUCGCAACGGUACCUCGACGCCUCUUCCUUGUAUCGGCUUACGCUAUGUGGGAUGCACUCACCGGAGGUACCGGAGGGCCCGCCCGCGCCUCCUCAACCGCCAUUCGCCGUGGGAUGCUUCUGUUCCGGCAGGGAAAUGUAAGCGAAUCAUUGGCCGAGUUUGAUCGUGCAAUAGUGCUAGACCCUCGUCAGAAGGCCUAUCUUUGGCAGAGGGGGCUUUCUCUAUACUAUUUGAAUAGAUUUGCAGAAGGGGCAGAUCAAUUCAGGUUGGAUGUUGCAGAGAAUCCAAAUGAUACUGAGGAGUCCAUUUGGUGCUUCCUCUGUGAAGCUCAAAUUUAUGGAGUUGAUGAAGCCAGGAAACGUUUCUUAGAGGUAAUGCUGCCUUCCUUUUCCUCAGAAAAACUGAAGAUUUUUCUUGGUACAGUUGAACUUAGGGCUCAUUUGGUUGUUUGUACAUACAUUGGCUAACUUUUAAAA